AGAAAGAUCUCGACAUGAGCUAUACAUUCUGGUAAUGAAAACAACACAGGAAGUCAACAAUCACCGUGAGUGAGCCAUCAACCCUUCAACCUGAACCAAGAGAGUGUGUUUCUAAAAAGCACUGUGACUAUUUGUGUCCAAACGCCAACACACCUUUGAGUGAGAAACAAAGAGACUAUCAGCAGUGGUUAUUAUUGAUGUGGGAUUUUUACCUGGCAACAACUCCUUGAUACCCCAUUGUAAAUUACAACUUGGGGCUAGAGUUCAACUGCAGGCUCAAAAUGACAGCUUGUAACAUUUGACACAGACAGACACCAGACCAGACAAUGACAUGGAGGUGCGCACGUACAUGGACUAUCCCGUUGCGAUUUAUAGCAACGUCACAGAACAGUUGAAUAGCUCCUCAGCCACCUCAUCUGGGCUGGCAGGAGAGGAACCUGACCCCCACCAGCAUUACACCAUCAGCGUCUUCCUCUCCUGCCUCUACACAAUCUUCCUUUUCCCCGUGGGCUUCAUCGGGAACGUCCUCAUCCUGGCCGUCAACCUGAGCCACAAGGGCCGCAUGACCGCCCCCGACCUUUACUUUGUCAACCUGGCGGCUGCCGACCUGGUCCUGGUGGCUGACUCCCUGAUCGAGGUGUUCAACCUUAGCGAGCACUACUAUGACAUGGCUGCCCUGUGCACCUUCAUGGCCCUGUUCCUGCAGGUCAACAUGUACAGCAGCGUCUUCUUCCUGACCUGGAUGAGCUUCGACCGGUUUGUGGUGCUGGCGGGCUCAAUGAGUCUGGGCAGGAGCAUGCCCCGGGCCCGUCUGACCUGCUGCCUGAUCUGGGUGACCUCCGCCCUGUUCACCCUGCUGCCCUUCACCGUGGCCCAGGUGCAGCACGCCGGGGAGCUCCACUUCUGCUUCGCGAACGUAUCCCAGAUCCAGUGGCUGGAGGUUACGCUGGGCUUCCUGCUGCCCUUCUGCGUGCUGGGCCUCUGCUACUGGAGGAUCGCCCUGGUUCUGGUGAGCGCUCAAAGGGAGCACAGUGGGCUGCAGCGGCGGCCACAGAAGCGGAAGGCUUUGAGGAUGAUUUCUGCGGCCGUGUUGGUGUUCUUCGCCUGCUGGUUACCGCAGAACAUGUUUGUCAGCGUGCACCUGCUGAGAGGCGAUGUGGAUGGAACGCUGUGGCAUGACUACCCUCUGACGGCCCACAUGGUCAACCUGGCUGCCUUCUCCAACAGCUGCCUCAACCCCCUGGUCUACAGCUUCCUGGGGGAGACCUUCCAGGACAAGCUAAGGAGCUUCAUCAAGGAAAACAUCAGCUGGGCCAAGUUAGACAGCUCCUGCUGGAGUAGCUAGCCCCUCUGGCCUACCCACUGCAAGCUCCUGCCCCUGUCCCAUACUUAAAAGUACCAGUCCCAUCACACAACCUCUCCAAAGCUCCUGCUGCCUCUACAAACCAGCCAUCCAUCCUUCAAAUCAAAACUCACCAACAUGUGUGUGCCCUGGACAGGAUUUCAAUCACUUUCUGACCUCACUCCCUUUGACUUACACAAAUCAGUUGGUCAAAUGUUUGUCCUGCCAGAGCUGCCCCGGUCAACUGUAAGUGCUGUUAUUGUGAAGUGGAAACGUUUAGGAGCAGCAACGGCUCAGCCGCUCACAGAAUGGGACCGAGUGCUGAAGUGCGUAGCGUGUAAAAAUCGUCUGUCCUCGGUUGCAACACUCACUACCGAGUUCCAAACUGCCUCUGGAAGCAAUGUCAGCACAAGGAAUGUUUGUCGGGAGCUUCAUGAAAUGUGUUUCCAUGGCCGAGCAGCAGCACGAUUCUGUGCUUCCAACAUUGUGGCAACUGUUUAUGGAAGGACCUUUCCUGUUUCAGCAUGACAAUGCCCCCCUGCACAAAGCAAGGUCCAUACGGAAAUGGUUUGUUGAGAUCGGUGUGGAAGAACUUGACUGGCCUGCACAGAGCCCUGACCUCAAACCAAUCGAACACCUUUGGGAUGAAUUGGAAUGCCAACUGCUUACCAGGCCUGAGUUCAGUGCCCAAACUCACUACUGCUCUUGUGGCUGAAUGGAAGCUUACAAACAGGGUUGUCCAACUAUUUUCUUGAAACAUUUUUCUUUAUUGUCAUUUUAAACUUUAACGUCUAAAAAAAGCUUCAACUCUGAUUUUCUUCAUUUUUGCAUAUUUUAUAGUUUAGACCCAUUUUAGAUAAUCUGAGGUGUUUGUUGUGUCCGCCAUCGGUUGAGACAGCAUACUCUUGAAUAAGGGUGGGUGUCAUUUCAAUCGUAGAAAUAGAAUUCAUAGAAUGGAUAUAUCCCUUCAGACCACUACAAUUUAGCUAGUACAUCAAUGAAAUAUAAAAUAAAUGGACAUUUAGAACUUCCAAUUACUACCACAAAGAUGGGUGCCAGUCCACCCAUCGUCAAAUGUCUACUUAAAUGGAAAUGUAUAUUCUAUUAUCUUUAUUUCUAUGAUUCCAACAGGUUUCCUAAAGAAGAUUGAAGGUGUAAUUUAAAACUGAUAUUCCCAUUCAAAUAAACAUUCUCUGAUGUGUGGACCUCCAACUAUCUUUGUGCUACCAUUUGAAAGUAAAAAUGUUUCAAUUGUAUUCCCAUUUUAGAACAUUUAUCAGCCAAAACAUGACACCCACCACCCUGUAUUGAAAGGCAUGCUGUGUCUCAACUGAUGGCGAGCACAACAAAAAUACCUCAGAUGAUGUAAAAUAGGGUCUAACCUACAACAUAAGCAAAAUGAGUAACAGAGUGUUCAGAUAAUUUCAUAAUUAUAAAUAUAUAUAUAUAUAUAUAUAUAUAUAUAUAUAUAUAUAUAUAUAUUUCUGAUCACUUCCAUGGGCAAAUAUGUGUAGAAAGCUUUGUGUGUGUGUGUGUGCGGCCCCAUCUAGAGGUGUCACCAUACAACAUUUUUUCUGUAAAUUAAAUGAAUAAAGCAGGAAUAUAUAGCAGUUUA